AUGGGGCAUGCAGCUGAAACGAUUUCAACUGUUCCGGGACGACGUCCGGGAUCUGGUCAACCUCACAGUCGACAGAAUGGACGUCUACCACCUCAUCGGAGCACUCUUCAUGAAGUUCUGCAUCAUCGUAUUCUGCAAGGGGCGAAUCCAGGCGUCUGCCCCACCCUUCGUCCUGCACCUGUUCCAACUGUCCAAUGCAUGUGCCUUCCUGUACUUGCUGCUGGCCGUCUGGCUCAGCAUGCACGCUUCGAUUGCAUCUCACAGCUUCGGUGUGAAGAUGUUGCCAAGCUGCUCACAGUUGCUUAG